AUGGCAUUGAACCCAGAGAAGAUCCGGCAGCGAUUCGAGAAGGCCGUAGACCUCGUGCAGAAGACCCAAGCUGGUAACGUUGCGUUUGAGAACAACUGUGAGCAGGCGUUCGGAGAGUUCAGAAUAGCAACGCUGCACAGCAAGAGGGUGCCUCAUCUGCUGGAUGAUGUCACACUGAAGGAUGAUCAACUAUUGAUUUCUAUUCUUUAUCAAUUUAUAACUCUGUGA